UUGAGAUCUCGAUCAGAAGAACAAGGUUUUAGAUCUCAACCAAAUCAGAAGGCCGGAAAAGAAGAUGGCGGAUUCACUGAUUGUUGCUUUCGGAGAGAUGUUGAUCGACUUUGUCCCCGACACCGCUGGAGUUUCGUUGGCGGAUUCCACCGGAUUCCUUAAAGCCCCUGGUGGUGCACCUGCCAAUGUGGCUUGUGCUAUCACCAAGCUUGGUGGAAAAUCGGCAUUCGUCGGAAAGGUGGGAGAUGACGAGUUUGGACACAUGCUGAUCAAUAUACUGAAAAAGAAUGGAGUAAACACUGAGGGAGUCUGCGUGGAUACGCAUGCUCGAACCGCACUGGCGUUUGUGACCUUGAGAACGGACGGUGAGAGGGAGUUCAUGUUCUACAGAAACCCUAGUGCUGACAUGUUGCUCAAAGAUUCAGAGCUGAACAUGGGUCUGAUUAAGAAGGCCAAGAUCUUCCAUUAUGGAUCCAUAAGCCUUAUAUCUGAGCCAUGCAAAUCGGCUCAUAUGGCGGCUAUGAAAGCCGCCAAGGAUGCCGGUAUACUGCUUUCCUAUGAUCCCAACGUCAGGUUGCCCCUCUGGCCUUCUGCUGAUGCUGCUAGAAAUGGCAUCAAGAGCAUCUGGAAUCAGGCUGAUUUUAUUAAGGUGAGCGAUGAUGAGGUGCAAUUCCUAACUCAAGGAGAUCCUAACAAAGAAGAAGUGGUUCUCUCCCUCUGGCACGAUAAUCUUAAACUGCUCGUCGUCACUGAUGGUGAGAAGGGUUGCAGAUACUUCACUAAGAAAUUCAAAGGAAAUGUGACUGGCUUCGCGGUUAAAACUGUUGACACAACUGGGGCGGGUGAUGCUUUUGUCGGUUCAUUUCUUCUUUCUAUGGCUAAAGAUAUGUCCAUUUUUGAGGAUGACGCAAAAUUGAAGGAGGCUCUGUCUUUUGCAAAUGCUUGUGGUGCUAUCUGUACUACUCAAAAGGGUGCAAUUCCUGCUCUUCCAGCCGAAUCCGAUGCCCUCGAACUCAUUAAGUCGAAAGUCAAAUAAAUCUUAUUUUUGCCCUUUUGUCAUAGAGUUUAUAUCAUGAGACUACCUUGUUCGGUUCUUUUAUGUUUUUUUUUUAUUUUGGUUCUCGUCUCUUU